AUGUCCUGGCAGCCUUCAGAGCAAGGUCUCCAGGAGGUCUUGGGUAUGCUGAGAGAUACCAGUAGUACGGAUAGUGAAGUGCAGAGGAAUGUUGCGCAGCGACUUGAUCAACUACGUUUCGUUCCUGAUUUCCUUGCAUACCUAGCGCAUGUUUUGAUCCACUGUACCAACGAACAAGAUUCACAUCGAGCGGUAGCUGGAUUAUUAUUGAAAAACGCAGUCAAUCAACGAUCUGGUCCUGCAGCCAAUGACAACGAUGCGAGAGCAAUGGCAUAUGUGAAAGCUACUGUCCUGAAUGGUUUGGCUGAUCCAGAUCAAAUCGUAAGACAGACUGUUGGUACGGUCAUCACAAGUUUGAUAUCAAAUGAAGAACCUGGUGGAUGGCCUGAAGCUUUGGAUGCUUUGACUAAAGGUAUGGCUAGUGGAGAUGCCAAUAUCAUCGAGGGAUCGUUCAACUCGCUUCAAAAGAUCUGCGAAGAUGCACCUCAUAAAUUAGAUUUCCAAAUUCAAGGUAAAAAUUUACUUGAUCAUCUAGUACCUCAAUUUGUUGAAUAUACAGCACAUGGAGCACCCAAAAUUCGUUUAUAUGCUUUACAAAUCCUUCAAUCGUUAUUAGCCAUUCGCGUACCAUCCGUCACUGCCAAUAUCGACAGUUACAUCCAAGCUUUAUUCGCCAAAGCAGCCGACGAAUCGCCUGAUAUACGAAAAUGCGUUUGUGCUUCAUUAGGAUUAAUCUUAGGUACAAGACCAGAUAAAUUAGUACCUGAAAUGAGCAACGUUGUUGAUUAUAUCGCAUUCUGUACUCAAGAUGAUGACGAUACAGUCGCUUUGGAAGCAUGUGAAUUUUGGUUGACUUUUGCAGAAGAUUCAACUCUAAAAGAUCAACUAAGACCUUAUCUACCUAAAAUAGCUCCGUUGUUAUUGAAAGGAAUGAUUUAUUCAGAUUGGGAUAUAGCAAUAUUGGAUAUUGAUGAUGUGGACGAAGCUGUUGCCGAUAAAGAAACGGAUAUUAAACCAAGAAAUUAUUCAUCAAAAGUUCAUUCUACACAUGAAACAAAUGAUCCUUCUUCAUCGAAAUCCGGUGCAGGUUUAUCUAGAGAAGCUCAAGAUAAAGCUUUCGAUGAAGAUGAAGAAGAUGAAGAAGAUGAUGAUGAUUACUUUGACGAUGAAGACGGUUCAGGUGAAUGGAAUAUAAGAAAAUGUAGUGCUGCCGCUUUAGACGUUAUCGCCGUAUCAUUUGGAAGCGAUUUAUUGGAUAUCUUAUUACCUUAUCUCAGAGAUAGAAUCUUUGACCAAGAGUGGACUCAAAGGGAGAGUGGUAUUUUGGCUUUGGGUGCUAUCGCUGAGGGCUGUAUCGACGGUCUCGAACCUCACUUACCACAACUUAUUCCUUUCCUUCUCAAAACGCUCCAAGAUAAAAAGGCCCUCGUACGAUCGAUCACAUGCUGGACUCUUGGUCGCUAUGCCAGUUGGUGUGUUCACGUCAACAUGGAGGAUAAGACCCAAUAUUUCAUCCCGACUAUGGAAGGUCUUCUUCAAAUGGUUCUGGAUGGUAACAAGCGAGUCCAAGAAGCCGGGUGCUCAGCUUUCGCUACACUCGAAGAAGAAGCUGGACCUGAAAUGGCACCUUUCCUCGAACCAAUCUUACGAAAUCUCACUUUCGCUUUCUCCAAAUAUCAACAGAAGAAUUUGCUCAUCCUCUACGAUGCGAUUGGUACGCUUGCUGAUUCGGUUGGAGCAGCUUUGGGUUCACCUGGUUAUUUGGAUAUCUUAAUGCCUCCCUUGAUCGAAAGAUGGCAGAAACUGAAUGAUCAAGAUCCUGAUCUAGUUCCCUUGCUCGAAUGUUUAUCAUCUAUCUCCAUCGCCGCCGGAGGAUCUUUCUCAACUUACACUGGACCAGUUUAUCAAAGAUGCCUGAAUAUCAUUCACGUCACCUUAACCCAAUAUCAAGUCUUCGAACAGAACCCAGAUGAAAUCGAAGAACCCGAUCGAACAUUCAUUGUUGUCGCUCUGGAUCUUCUGUCUGGUUUGGUUCAAGGUUUAGGAGAUCAAAUGCAUGCUCUCAUAAGAGACGGUCAACCACCUUUGCUUCAUCUAUUGGCUCUUUGCUUGACCCACUUUGAACCGCCUGUACGACAAUCUGCUCAUGCUUUACUAGGUGAUAUGUCAAUGACAUGUUUCCCAUUAUUGAAACCUGUUGUCCCACAAAUACUUCCCAGUGUAAUCGAACAGAUCGUCGUUGAACCACCCGUCGAUUGCAUCUCUGUAUGUAACAAUGCUGCAUGGGCAGUUGGAGAAAUUGCUUUACAGUUCAAUGGAGAUUCAUCAACAUUAGAACCAUUCGUCCCUGCUUUAAUCCAAAGACUAGUUCCUAUCCUCUUAAAUACGAAAUCACCCAAAUCGUUGACUGAAAACGCAGCUGUAACUAUUGGAAGGUUGGGUUUAGUCUGUCCAGCUUUGGUAGCUCCUGAUUUAGGAACAUUUGCUCAAGCUUGGUGUACUGCCUUAUGGGAAAUCAAAGAUAACGAUGAAAAAGAUUCCGCUUUCAGAGGUUUCUGCAUGUUAAUUAGUGCAAACCCCGAAGGUAUACAAAACAGCUUCAUCUUCUUUUGUAAUGCCGUAUGUAAAUGGCAACAUCCAUCAGGUCAAUUAGAUCAAAUGUUCAGAUCCAUCUUACAAGGAUUCAAAUCUGGAUUAGGGGCGAACUGGGAUGCUCAAACGAACAAUUUCCCACCUGUGAUAAGACAACGUCUAGCCGAGAGAUAUGGUGUUUAA